AUCGAGCUAGGCAGAAUCAAUGGUGCAUUACAAGCUCGACGAGGUUAGCUAGGUCGGAAUUAGGUCAUGAAGAAGCCCAUGCCCGUUCGUCGUUCCGGCGGCGUCGGCGUGGUACCUCUGCUGCUCGUCUUCAGCUUAGCAUAUGUGCUGGGCUGGAUGUCCAGCACCAGCUUCCAGAAUCUCUACAUUCAAAACAUCUUGUCAGCACCAACACCAUCACCGCUGCCGCCAGAGACAGUACCUUGUAUCCUGCCACCAACGCCUCCUUCCCAGCCGCCGCCGCCGCCUGCACCGUCGACGACGCCAUUGGAGGGAAGGCGCAUGGCGUUCACGGACUUCCUGGCGCCGAGCGCCGGCGUCAUGCACAACAUGACCGACGAGGAGCUGCUCUGGAGGGCGUCCAUGGCGCCGAGGAUGAAUAGCCAGCCGAAGCACGUCAUCGCGCCCAAGAUCGCAUUCCUGUUCCUGGUGAGGGGUGACCUGCCGCUGCGCCCUCUGUGGGACAAGUUCUUUGAGGGGCACGAGGAGCUCUACUCCAUCUACGUGCACGCGAGCCCUGACUAUGCUGGCUCGCCGCCGCCGGACUCUCCGUUCUACGGCCGCAUGAUUCCAAGCCAGAGAACAAUGUGGGGAAACAUCAACCUCCUGGACGCGGAGCGACGCCUCCUUGGGAACGCGUUGCUGGACCUCUCAAACGCGCACUUUGCGCUCUUCUCCGAGUCGUGCAUCCCCCUCGUCGACCUCCCCACCGCGCAUGCCUACAUCACCGGCGCCGGCACCAACUUCGUCGACAGCGUCGACCGCCGGGACAGCCGCGUGCGCCACAGGCCCUACUUCGCCGAGCACAACAUUAGCCUCGCGCAGUGGCGCAAGGGCGACCAGUGGUUCGUGAUGGACCGCGAGUUUGCCCUCGAGGUCAUCUCCGACGAGACCUACUACGGCCCCGUGUUCCGGGACGGCAAGCACGGAGUCGGUCACAUGGAGGAGCACUACAUCCCGACGCUGCUGAACGUGCUGGGCCUCGGCGAUCGCAACUCCAACCGGCCGCUCAUGUACUCGGACUGGCGGCACGCGCAAGGGCCACACCCCAAGAGCCACAACGGCAGCGAUGUAACGGAGGAUUACAUCAGGGAGAUGAGGCGAGGAUUGUCCAGCUGGAACUGCAGCUACAACGGCGGGGUGCCAGAGCUCUGCGCCUUGUUCGCCCGCAAGUUCAAGCCGGACACGCUCGAGCCACUGCUAGAGUUGGCUCCCAAGGUCAUGGGCUUUGGCUAAUCGAGAUGCACGUUUUCAACUCAUCUAUAAUAUCUAAAUAGGAGCAACCCACUAAGGUGAAUUCUCUUAACAUGCAAGCAUGCCACGUCACUUUGGUCAGUUUUAAGUCCACAUCAUUCUGACACA